AUGGGUCGUACUGUCGAUCAGGAAGUUCACGCGGCGUUCGUCGAGUUCCGCGCCAAGGAAGACGAUAAGUGUCUCUCCGUCCAGUGUAUCUAUUGUCAGCAGAUUCGCGCAAAGAAUACCUCGCGACAGAAGCAACAUUUGCUCGAGUGUCCCGGCCUUCGCGGUCAGAACCAGACAGCACAAUCCGCAUCCAACGGCAUCGGCGCUGCGAAUGGAUACCCAGCGACUCCCAAUGGUGCUUCUGCCACCGCACCUGGUGCUGGCCCCGGGCCUGGUACAGGCGCACUUCCUACCCCUAAUGGACCCAUGAUGUCGAAUGGUGUCAACCCUCAUGCGACCUCGAUGCAGACUCCGCUGCAGAACAUGCAAGGACGCGCUGCAUUGCCGACGCCUGGCCCACCUACCGGACCUGCCUCUGCUUCCGGUGCUCAGCAAUCAGCCCGCGCAACCCCCAAAUCAAAGCCGAAAACUUCCACCUCGAGUCUCCCCGCCCCUCCCCUGGAUGACGUCCAUGCUGCAUUUGUCGAGUUUCGUGCGAAGGAAGAAGACAAGUGCUUAUCGGUGCAAUGCAUUUAUUGCCAGCAGGUCCGUGCUAAGAACACCAGUAGACAGCGACAACACCUGCUUGAAUGCCCGACCUAUCUGAGCGUGAUGAAAGACUCGAUCCCCGCCAAUAACCUACUCCACACCUUCCCUGAAGGCGAUAUCGCUCGUUCUCUGCAGAUCCCAGCGCCAACCCUCGAGCUUGACUUCCGUAUGAGCAUCAAGAUGAACCCGAAAGUGUCUGUGGGGCAAAGCAUCUGGGGCCAGAGAGACUGGGUUACAUUCCUGGCGGGUCAAUGGGCCGGCAGAUGGGGCAAAGGCAUUGUCUUGCCCGGAGGACAAGAUUCUCAAAUCGUGACGAAAGAAUCGAUCACCAAUAUGCGAUCAAGCUAUAUGCUUCAAACCGCAGAUGAUCCGCCGGCGUUUAUAAUUGUGAAGACCCAGGGAUGGUUGACUGGUGCGAAAGAUGUUUUGGAAAAGGUUAACGACCCAAAUAUUGCGGACUCAAUCAAUCCUAAUACCUACAAGUACCGCGUCAAUCUCUCGAUGGAAACCGGCGACGAGCGCUAUGCAUUCCUAAACACCAUCAUGUGGAUUGCCAGUGGCUGUCGUAGAGGUCAUGAAGUCAUUUUCGAUGCUUUCCGCGUCAACUAG